AUGCAAGCCUUAAGAAAAUUCAAGAUUGCCAUUUUAUAAACAAAAGCAAGUAAAGUUAAAGAAUAAACUCUUAGUUAUGUUUAAGAAGCUUUAGAAGAAGCUGGAAAAAAUGGUGCAAAAGUAUCUAUUUUAGGAGAGACCUUUAACUGCUUAUAUAUGAAAGAAUACUUACAAGCUGCUAGUGAAAAUUUUUCUGAUUCAUCAGAUAAAACCCCUACAUUGAGUUUAUUAAAGGAAUACGCUAAGAAAUAUAAUAUGUUUAUCAUUGGUUCUAUUCCUGAGAAGACUUCAGAUGAUAAAUUAUAUAACACUGGAAUAGCUAUAGACUCUCAAGGUUAAUUAGCUGCAACCCACAGAAAGAUUCACCUUUUUGAUAUAAAUAUCCCUGGUAGAGCUGUAUAUAAAGAAUCAGAUACUUUUUCAAGUGGAAAUUAAAUUACAGUCCUUGAUACUGGUUUCUGUAAGAUUGGCUUGGGUAUAUGUUACGAUAUCAGAUUUGCUGAACAAGCUUUGGUAAUGUGCUAAAAACAAGGAGCUCAAGUUUUAGUCUACCCAGGUUCUUUUGCUAUGGGAACAGGUCCAAUUCACUGGGAGCUAUUAUUAAGAGCAAGAGCUCUAGACAAUAUGGCUUAUGUCGUUGGUUCAUGUUGUGCUAGAUUUACUGAAGACCCUUCAGUAUACUAAGCUUGGGGUCACUCAACUCUUGUAGAUCCUUUCGGUAAAGUUGUAACUACAACUGAUCAUGAUCCUGCAAUUCUUUAUGGAGAAAUUGAUCUAGAUUAUUUAGAUUAGGUUCGUUAAUAGAUCCCAAUCUACUCUUAAAAAAGAUAUGAUUUAUAUGAAGUAGUUCAAAAGAUAGGAAAUUAAUGA